AUCAUUUGUUUUCUCUUCCUCCAUCAAUUUCGUUUACUACAGAAAGAGCUCCUCUCGUUCUCUUUUAAUUUUGGUACCCAAUCAUUCGAUUCCGUUGCUUCCCGAUUCCCAAACCCCUUUUGAUCAUUCUCUAUUCUUCUGAUUUUUAUUUUGGGUGCAGGCACCUUUUCUUUCGAUGGCAAAAAGCUCGUUUAAGUUGGAGCAUCCCCUGGAAAGGAGACAGGUUGAAUCUGCUAGGAUCCGAGAGAAGUAUCCUGACAGAAUUCCGGUGAUUGUGGAAAGGGCUGAAAAGAGUGAUGUGCCAGAAAUUGAUAAGAAAAAAUAUUUAGUUCCUGCUGAUUUAACUGUUGGUCAGUUUGUGUACGUGGUCCGAAAGAGGAUCAAGCUCAGCCCUGAGAAGGCCAUCUUCAUUUUUGUGAAGAAUAUCCUGCCCCCUACCGCUGCAAUGAUGUCCGCAAUAUAUGAGGAAAACAAGGACGAAGAUGGUUUCCUUUAUAUGACCUACAGUGGGGAGAACACAUUCGGGGCGUGCUGAAACAAAAUAAGACAGUAAGACGUAAACGUCUACAGAAAAUGGGAAGGGGAAAGGAUCAUAUCUGCUCUUGUAUAUUCUCCUCACCCGCAUCACUUGGCUCUCUGUUUUAUCUUUCCAAACGCAAUCUGUCUGUAUAGUGUUUUUAUUUUAUUCAACUAAAACCAGUCCUAUUUGCGUUAUUCAAAAGUCGUGCUGUAAAUAACGGGAACUUAUAGCAAUUUAUGAUAUGAUAUCUCAUUUGUCGUUUGAA